AUUGAUAGUGUACUUAAAUGCACAAAUUAUUUUCACAAGAACAUCAAGGCAAAUAACAAUAAUUCCUCGUUAUUUUUAAGGCUAAUAAGCAAAGUGUAUUUAUCUAGCAAUAAAAAGUCCGCAGUUCAUAGUGGAAUCGGGCAAUAGGUCUGACGUUUACAUCAGCUGGGACCACCGAGGGAAAUCUAAUGUCAAAAAGUUCAUUGUAGCCUGGUGCCGAAAUAAGAACGGAGACUGUGAGCCGGACCACGAGGUAUACUGGAAUAAUUUCACUUCGGAUGCAAAAGACGCUGUUUUACAAAUAAACUCACCACAAGAUUUCCUGUACGGUGUAAGUGUAAUAACAGACCAAAGCAGCAGUGGUGUAGAGUGGCAAGAUUGCGUGUACCUGAAAGAUAGAAGAGAAUAAAUACACCAGCUACAUUGUAUAUCACUACACAUUGUCAGCUCUGUCUCUCCUAACAGCCCCAGAGCAGAAGCCUCAGAAUGUGGUUGUGUCAGCAGGACCUGAAGACAACACACUGGUUGUCACGUGGGAUAAACUAACAUGUAAAUCAAAUGAGCCGUACAUAGAAAUGUACAAUCUGCAAUACAGAAAACAGAAUGGAAAAUACCACAAAAGUCUGCAAGUGUCACAGUUUGGUGAAGCAAGAAUUGUGCUAAGGGACUUGGAAGAGGAUCAAACGUACCUUGUGACGGUCAGAGGGGUCACAAAAGAGGGACGAUAUGGACCAGAAAGCGAUCAAAAAUCAGGCGUACCAGUAAAUAAAAGUCUAAAGCCAGCGGAAAUAACGGGGAUCUCGGUUGCUGUGCUUGUUGGUGUUAUAUUUGCGGGAGUAGGAUUGUUCUGUGUGUUAAGACGAUGUAAAAAGAAAGCACAAACAGUAAUAAAGCAAGCUGGAGCUAUAACUAUUCCUGAUGCUCCUGAUCAUGAAAUAUUCUCUUCCUUUGGACGUCAAGACAGUAACGACAGUGGAUUUGACCUGACACCAUCACCAGAUGAGGGUGUGAAGGGAAAUAAAUUAAGCAGCAAUCCGUUUGUUUUACCAAAUGAUUAUCGUUUUGCAACGAUAGGCAACGGUGAACUUGAAGGUACAACAACUGAUAACUACGCUCUUGAACUAGAAAAGACGUAUCCAUUAUCUGAAUCUUCUGAUAUGUCAGUGCUCAAACAAGAUCUAUUUUGUGUUACAUCAAAAAGUCCAAGAGACUCAAAAUUAGCACUAGUCAUACCUAAACCCGUUGCAUUUGAUAAAGAGUCUGAAAGCGAAACGUCCUUUUCUAGUGGAGAAAACACUGUUGCACUUGACACUUGGAAAGGCCAAAGUAAUUAUUAUGUUGAUUACAGGAGAGCAACUCCUAAUCGAAUAGAUGACACUGAUGAUGAACUGCAAACUGAAGGACUUCUGCGUGUCAUUGACAGUGAGACAAAUGCAACACACUCUGACAAUUACCAGACACAGCUAAAGCACGAAUCGCACCAAGCGUAUACUUCGUUCCCUUUAGGCGACACGCAAAUAAUUUUCAAUAUUCCUUGUCCAACAAACGUUUUGAAAAAUAAUGAUUUUUCUUUUAGUGAUGAAAAUGAAUUUUCGCUUACAACAACUGACAAUUAUCAAGAAUCAAGUUGUAUAGCCUCAUCCAUAGUGGCCCCUACGUCUGAGCUCUUCCCAAUUUCUUCUAAAAAUAUCUUACAAAGCGAUGCCAAUUCUCAAUGUUCAAGUUACGCAACAACUACAGAUGCAACUAGGCUACAAAGUUCACCUGUAUCAAAAGACUUUAAGCAAGUUAAAUCUGACAAAAAUGGUGAUCCAGAUAAUCAUAUUAUGAAUAAACAAUCAACUGGACUACACACUAUCUCUGACAUAUCUACACAUUCAAAUUCUGUCAUUACACAAAUUCCAGAUAUUUUUAUCGCACAAGACAAAUCUACGAAAGUCCCUUGUACAACUGGCACAGGAUCAGUGUUAUCGGCUUCCUCACCGGCUACAUUGCAUAUAACACCCGCUUCUGUUCAAAAUAAUUGUUAUGUAACAGCUGAUCAUCACUGUUUUCAUCAAAUUACUGUGCCCACCAACGUCUCUAUCUCUGAAAAUGUCAUUCCUUUAAACAAUGGUCAGCAAGUUAUGCAACAUCCUUGUGCUAUCCAAACUUCUAAUAGCACUGUUCACAGUCAAACAGAUUGUUCUUUCUGUGCUUUUGAACAUGAUACAUCUUGUUCAAACGAUUGUAUCAAUGCCGAAAUGUCCAGUACAGACUUUUGUUUUCCUCAUUCAAACGCUGUUCAAGACAAAUUUACUUGCAAUCACGUUUUGAAUUCCAUUAACAUCAACGAAAAUGUGCCAUAUGCCCAUAUAAUUACUGGUAGUGUGCCUUCAAAUGCUGUACACAGCCUUUGUUCUGAUAUUUGCAUUGGAAACGUAUCCAGUCUUGAUAGCAAUCCUGAUUCAUAUUCUACACCAAAAUCAGAUGCAACUUAUAAAAGUGCAGAUCCAGGCUAUGUGUUCUCAACAGACGGUAACGGCGUGUGUCAACUAACGGAAUGUAGGUUUCAAGCAAAUGGCGAAACUGUCGAGGAGAACAAGAUCGGAGAAAAGUAUGCAAGUCAUAACGAAUAAAUAUUACUCCCGGACAAGUGGCAUGCCCGUCUACUGAUUCAUAUAAGCAUAUUGGUCACAGAAAUCAAGACGACUCUGGUUUAGCGGUAGUAGAAGUAAACAACUCUGAGACCAAACGAAGAAAGUUACUAAGUACAUAUGAUGAUGCAAUGCGCAUAAUAACGUAAAAUGUGCUAUUAGUUUGCUUGUUUCAAUUCUUUUCUUCCAAAUGAUAUUCUAGCUAUUGGCAUAUUUCAGUGUACGUAUAUAAUCACAGGAAGGGCUGUCAUUAAAUAACAGGUUAAUUGCAUCAUUAAAAACUCAGCACCAAACACUGAAGCUAAUUACAAAUUUUGUUCAAAGUGUAAAACACUUUUCUGGAGUAAACUAUCUUUAAGUUAGUUUAUCUGUUAGUAGAGUGUUCUCAAAAUGAAUUUCUGCAAACGGGUAGUUGAAAUAUAUGCCUUUUCCUCUAUAUUUAUGCCGAGACACUAUUUACUACUGUUUCAAUAUGAUAAACAAGUUAGGAAACACUUUGAAAGAAUUCAGAAAUUGGUAUAAAACUUACAUCAUUUGCAUUGCUUUUGCGUGUCUCAGUACCUCUCGUACUUCCUGACAUACAAUAAAAAAUUCUUCAAAAUAUCGUGUGCUUAUAUUGAAACUUACAGUGUUUGAAAUAUAAUAGAACUGUUCAAAAGUACAUAUCUCUUUUUGUUAGGGAUCUGUUCAUCCAAGUUAUUUUGCAACUGUUAUUAUAUACUUUACUAAAAUAAAGUACCAAAAUUGCGUGGGACAGAAUCCUGUAACCGACGCCAGUGACAGGAACCGGACAUAAUGAUUGGUGAUUGGAUGCCAUGAAUUUGUGACCUCAUAUUUGACGUUAUUGUACGACGUGCCUUUGCUUUUAAAUUCGUUAACGUCGAUAGUGUACAUAUAAAUACUUUAAACGACGGUGUAAUCGUUCGUAUUUAAAAACAACUAAUUAAUCAGCACUGACCUGACUUACAUGGUAAUUAGCACUCCCAAACCAAUAUUUCAAUCGGGCGCAGUAUAAAUAUAGGUUUACUCGUGCUAAUAAUCACUAAAUGCACGUCAAUGCCGUUACAUUAGUAUACAGUAUUGUGUUGAUUGUCUAUUUAUAACCUGUACAUGUAAUUCCUUUUUCAUAUACACUACACAUAUGAAUGAAUUUAUCUUAUUAAUUGACAUUAUUAUUGUUUCUUUCACUAUGUGUUCUUCUGUAAGUAUGUAAUGCAUCUAUCAUGUUCCUCAAACACAUAGAAUUUGAUUAUAUGAAAUGUAAGUGCGUUGGAAAAAUGUAAUUCAAAGACAUCUUUUGAGUAAACUAUAAAUUGGUACUAAACAGCUUGACCUCAACUACGUUUCAUCUAGUGAUUGAUGUGCUGCCACAUCCCUAACAUUAGUCAAUUUUCCAUUAUUUUUACGUGUAUUUUAUGUAUCGCAGGCAUUAUCAGCGGAUCUAUCAAUGUCACAGACACCACAGACUAUGAGAGCACUUAACGAAACGGUGAUGAUUGUUGAGGAUGACGUGUUUUUGCAGCCUUCUUUAUCUACAAACUGAAGAUUUUCUUAUGCUUACUUUACUUUAUAUUUAUAUACAAAAUAAUAACAUCAUGCAACUGUAAUUAGAUACUUUAUCAGUGAUAUUCAUCUUAAAGUUAUAAGCAUGGUCUAUUUAUACUUUAAUCAUUCUUGUCUACACUCUUAUAAUCAAUCAGUUUCAUCUUGCAAAUAUCCAUAUUUUCAAUUUUUAGUGGUUUUGCUGUUUGAUGGAAACUGCAAAAUGAUUUUUUGUAAGAUGAAAAUAUAUUUCUUGUGCUAGUUACCAUACGUUGUAAAACUGUAAAAUAAUCAGUUAAAUCUAAUGCCUUUUGUAUUAUAUUGCAGUUGUAUAAUACUGCAGUUUCAAGUUAUUACCAUUUUUAAAUUAUCUCCCUUCCAUAUCAAUCAGGUUUGAAAAUUUAGUUGAUGUACAACAAAGUCUUAGUAUUUUGAACAUUUUAUUUGAAACAGAUCGAUUAUGGAAUGUUAAUUCUUAUUCACAUUGCUUGGAAACUUCUGCAAGUUGCAUACGAAUGUCAGAAAUGUGUAACCAAAUAAACUUAAUUAUAGCAAUAAUUUGCGAACUCCAAAUUUUGAAUAUUGUUUUGUUAUAUUUUAAAUUGAAGUUUGCUCAUAUUAUGAACAUUAGAAAAUGAGUUGUUUUUUUUUUUUAUAUUAUUUCAAACAUGCUAAAUCAAGAACAAACAGGUCUGAAUCGGGAAUCGAACCCGUAAAAUUUUCCUACCAUGUUGACCAAUACACCACGUACUUAAACGACCGUUUGUAUCAAGCUUUAUAAUUAAGGCAGUCCAACUGCGAUGUCCCCGUGACAAAUGCUUUUCAAUUUUGAAUGGAAAGUUUAGUAAAAUAAAUAAAUCUCAUAUGUUUCCCUAACGUAUGUCAGUAACAAAGUUUCAAAGCCUUCUUAAGAAAUAUAGCGAUGAAUUCCAGAUAUCUUUUUUUUCGUGUUAUCAUACGAUCAAGAGGACAGUCUCUUUAAUGGUUUUGAGAAUUGCUCACUCAAAAAUCGGUUAAUUAUCGAAUUUAAACAAAUAUUAGGACACGUUUAGUCCAAAAUGGAACGCAGAUUUAAAUAAUUCAACACGUACAUCAACAUACAAAUUAUUUAAGUUUUUAGUUGUGCUGUGAUAGAUUAUGAACAAUUAAAAAACAUAUUUGGGUACCAUUACCUGACCUAGUAUACAGUAAUUUAAUCAACUAAUGUCAGUAACAAGUAAAAGGAAAAUUGUUGAAAAUAGCAAAUGUUGUCAAAGAAUCUGUUUAAAACAAUGCACUUGUGUUAUUUGUGUUGUAUGAUUAUGUAAAUAUAUAUCAUUUUGUAGUCUGUUGUAUUGUCUAUAUUACAUUGUGUCUUUGCCAUACAUUUUUAUAGAUGUAAAUGGCCGAUAUGCCAAUAAAUUUGAAACUUU